AUGGGCAUUGAGCAGCAGCAUUGUCUGGGCCCGAUUUUCGCGAAGAGGCUGAAGAUUCCAAGCGUAGCACGCGCCGAUGUACGGAAUGAAGGAUCUGAUGUGCAGUGGACUUCCAACAUUGUUUUCAAGAUCAUGGAAUCGGCUACCGGUAACAAAAAGGAUCGAGCUCGAAAUCCGGCAGGCACCUGCCUCGAAAACGGCGUGAGGUCUUCCAUCUGCCCUCGCGAAGCUCAUAGAGUUCAUAUGCUUGCAAUAGGAUUUUCACGACAGGACACGGAGCAGGGACACAGACUCUUUCGAGGUAGCCUCUUACCGCAGAAGUUGGAGGCUGUAAUGGCGUCGAGAAGAUACUGUGACUUCAAACGCUGCGCCUUUGCGAGUGGCAAUCUUCUAAAUGAGGCUGCUGUUUUCCAUUUCCGAACAUCCCAAGAAGUUGGCUACCGAAGUCUUAGCAUGCAAAAAGAUGACCAAAGAAAGGAAGGAUCACCGCCAAGACGAGACAGCUGCCAGAAGAGUUCAAAUUCGUCAACGGAACGCACCAUCUCGCUUACAGUGGCUGGGCGGCAUCUUCAGCAACGGAGCCCGUUCUCGACUGAGUGGACCAGCUCACUCCCACCAGCUGAGCUCCAACUUGUUCACUUAACAUACUUUGCAUCGCACAAGGAUACUGUCGUCAGCAUGGCCAAGCUGCUAUCGGAAGUGCUCACAUAUCAAGAGAAGCUCACAGACGCUCUCACGAACUAUCUCAACGACAUGGAAGCCACCACAUACGCAAGAUACUCGUCCAGCAUCGCGCAUCUCAAUACCACCGAGUACCUAGGCAUCCACUACGCACCCGGUAAGAGGCCCACGAAGCAUCUGCCUGACAAGGAGGUCAUCGCACCAACUGAGCCUGUGCGGACGAAUCCGCGCAACGUUCACUAUUUUCGGCACCGCCUGCAGCUAACGGACAAGGCACCGAGAGUCCUAUAUCAGGAUGUCGUUCGUCAGUUGGGAAGCGUAGUAUUGCCAUCACGCCAAAUCACGCUACCUGAACUCGAAAAUGAUCUCAGCUGUCAAGCAUUAGCACAAGAAGCCCGGGAUCGUGAUACGACAGAUUCCCAGACACUGACUGGAACAGCCGCAUACCCGACUUGA